GCGCUGCCGGGUCACGCUCGCCUUGUGACGCGGCGGUGCGGGACAGCGGAAGCGCUUUAUACGAAACUGUCGACAUGCCGCCGUAAACUUGUGAAAACCUCUCUCCAGAGUGAUGGACUUUCCCUGGUGAAUGGGCUUCGUUCGUGUAUAUGUGAAGCACUAGGGGUUUAUCUGACUUAACUGACCUUUCCGGCUGAUACUCUGUGGUACAGCUCAUGAAUGGGAAUUGAAAACGGGACUAAAAUAAGUGGACGAAGCCCCGUUAGCUACAUUCAGCAGCUAAGCGAUGACAUUAAAGAUGGAUAAAGAUGCGGCAGUUCUUCAGGGGGCUUUCCUCCUGGCUAAUAAGCUGUGUCUCCCCUCAUCCCUGUCCUCCCUCCAGAAAGCUGACUGGAGCAGGGUGGGACGUCCAGUCGUGGAGGCAGCCAGAGAAAUCUGUGGACAGGAUGAACCCGGUGGCCACCCCAGCACGAUGGCUGGCUGCUGGAAAAGGAAGAUAGUUUGUGUUGUGUGGCUGAAGCUGUUGUGCAGACAGGCUGACGAGGAUGUGGAAACAGCAUGGAAGGAGAACCCUUUCUUCCCUCUCCAGAAUGGCCUCCCUGAGCUCAACUAUGUUGUCUUGCUGGAGGUGGUGAGGUCAAUGGCAGCUGCAGAUAUUUUUGCAAGUUUCCUUCUAUGUCUUCCUCAAUCUCAGAUCUGUAUUGAGCUCGAAAGGCUGACGCAACAUGCGAAAAGCAGCCCUACUAGAGAGGACGAUGUCCGACUGUUCCUGGAGGUGUGGUGGGAACUGUGGAAGGGCAGAAACGAACAGAGAACAGGGGGAGAGGAAAGCAUAGAGGCAAUGUUUGCCAACCAGUUUGCUCGUCUGUCCUCCAGUCUGUCCCCACAGGCUGCCAAAAGGUUAAAGCUAGACACAUCAGAUCAAGCAGCCUCAUCCCCAACCAAUGAUAUCCUGCAAAUUCUUCUCCAUGCACUUAAAGACAUGAAUGGUCACAUAUCCUCAACAGAUCUCUGCCUCCAAGCCCUCUCCGUUUCCCUCGACUCUCUUUACACGGCCUUGCUAAUAGACCAAGAGGUCACACUUCCAACUAAAGAGAAGAUGCACCUGUUGUCUAAAGCUGUCAGCAUCAGAGAAAAAAAUGACGAGAAACUGAGCCCUGAACUUAUUCGGGAGGCUCAGAGAGACCUCCGUGCUUCUCAUACACCGUCUCAGUUUCAACCCAGCGGGAUGAAGCUUGGGGAAGCUUUGAAGAUUAUAGCAGACCUCACGCAGCUUUGGCUUGACAGUGGGCUCCUCAAAGUGGAUGACAGCGCAAAUUACUUGAGUUACUCUGCGUUUAAGCUAGAACAAAGUGUCCAGAGAGUCCUGACAGCUACAGAGGAAGCAGGCGUGCCUGGAACCAUGGCUGAGAUGGAUGUUCAAGAGACUGAGAAGAAUAUACUCAGGGGUUUGCUGAAGUCACUGGCUUUCCCCGCCAUACAGACAACUCCCGAGGUGGAUGCAAAAGUCACUAUGACCAUCAUAAGUCACCGCCUGGAAGACUAUCAGAACUUUGCUGUGUUACUUGCCAGCGAGACGAGCUGGGCCUCCUGUGAUGAGCACUGGUUCGACUGCCUGGAAAAGAACCAGGCAGCCUUCCAACAGCACGAAACACUGCUCAACCUUGCCUCCACCCUCAUGACUAACCUCCGCAGUGAGAGCUCAAAUGUGAGCUGGUGCAGGAAGCUGAUGAAAGUCAUCGCAGACAUUUUCUCAGCACUUUCGUUAGAAGACAAGAACAAAUCAUUGGCUGCCAUGUUGAGGUUGUCCACCAGGGGUUUUUUUGGGCAGUCUGUUCCCUCUGCUGUGACUUAUGGGUUUGAGCAGGAGCUCAACAUGGCAUUCAACUGCAUCAUCCAAGGCGGGGGAGGAGCGUCAGCAGAAGCGUCACAAGGCAAUCUGAAAACAGCGGUCUCUUUAGUAGCGAGAGUGGCCUUUCAGAACCCAGAGGCUGCCUUGAGGUCUUGUUGUCAUUCAGCUAUUUUCAACAAGGGGGCUUUCUCUCUUAUGGCUAAGAUCCUUCAGCAGCUGCCUGGACUCAGAGGACAGAAGGGGAGAAAAGCUGGAUGUAACGAAAAAGAAAGAACAGAGGCAAAAAAAAAUAUGGACGAAGGAAAGGAUGCGCUUAGUGGCGGCAGCCUGCUCUGCAGGUGUCUGCGGGAGAUGAUCAAGACCAAAUCAGUGUUGGCCAAUGAAAAAGAGCAGUUCCUCAAGUUUCUGGGUCUGCUGAUGAUGCCAGUCAUAGCGGUUGAGGGAGAGGAAAGGAGACAAAGCUUUCUGCCACCUCAGGAGGUCGUCAACAUCUUUGUCCUGCCGAACCUUUCCGCUACGGGUCGCAGUUGCUUUGAUAUAGAACUGAGUGUGCAACUUCUCCACACUGCUUUGUGUGUGGAAGUCCAGGACCCAACCUCUUAUCCCCACUGGGUGUUGGAGUGCUCUCCCUUUCCCCUGCUUUACGUCCUAGCUCAGCUGCACAACCAGGCUCUCAGGUUUUGGGACCAGCCACCAGAGAGCGCUCUCCAGCGCUGGUCUAUGGACACCAAGGAGCUCCUGGUGUCAGUGCUGGCCACGCUGGGGCAGGUGGUGGGUGCAGAGGUGGCGGCGUCCCCCAAUAGCUGGUCCAGAGCUCUUUUCUGGCUCUACAACAAGAUGGAGGAACUGGACUGGACAGUUAGGUUCCAUUUGAAGCCCGUCUGGGGGGAACACUUUAAAAAUGAAGUUCCCUCAUCUCUGCUGGCCGUGUGUGAUUUACCCGAGCAGGAGUGGUCAGGUUUGGACCUGCCUCAGUACGGCCAGGGCAGCGGCCUUCUGGCCUGGAUGGAGUGCUGCUCUAUAUCGGACUCCCUGCAGUCCACCAUGUUGUCCUGUCUAUCACUGGACCAACGCCGGCCCGACCACGUCAGCAUGUUCAGCAAAGGCCUGCUGGUGGCGGUGACCCAGACUCUGCCCUGGUGCUCCGUCUCCCAGUGGUGCAGGCUGCUGGGAGCCCUGAGGCAGCUGAUCACCUCUGGUCGCCUCUAUGUCCCCUUCUCACUUGAGUACGUGGACUAUCUGCCCCUCCUGGAUCUGAGGAGGUUUUCAUGUGAGCUCCGCCUGUCAGUCCUCCUGCUUCGAGUCCUUCAGCUGCUCUGCGGGUCCAGCUGCUCACAGUGGCUGUCAGUGGAUGGCUGGGCACACGUUGGCAGGUUAUACGCCCAUGCUGUGAGGGACGUGAUGAACUCGGUAAGAGCCAAGCUGCCUCUUCCAUCAUCUGGCGUUUGGACUGUCUCUGCCUCAGCGCCUCCUAAAACACCAGAAUCUAGAAUCUCGAAUCCUUCCUGCACUUCAGUCAGAGCUUCUAAAACGCCCAAAGACUUUCUGAAAGAAGAAGAGGGCCCUCCUCUGACAUCAAACAAGUCACAAAUGGAAGAGGAUGUGGAGGCAGCUCCCAGCCAAGAAGUCCUUUUUGUUCUCAGCCAGCUCUUCUGCCAUGUUCAGCACAUCCAGGUGAUGAUGCCAGGAGGCCAGUGUGAACCACUGUUCCUGUCCAGUCUGGAGAUCCUCAGCCACUACGAAGCCAUCAUGGCCGCCUUUCCAGGCAGUAGCAGCCCACUGGAGACCGACAACACCAGACACUUCUUCUCCACCAUCACAGACAACCUGGAGAACCAGGAGAUGAAGGUUGUACUGCAGCAGAAGAUCGCUCAGCUGGCGUCCCCAGACACACACUGAGUUUCUUCACUUGUAUUCCACUGGGGAAUUGUUGUGCAAAUGCUCACAAUUCUGUUAGUGAUAAAACAAGGACAUAAUUUCAGUUGUCAGUUAAUUUCUGGAGUUAUUGUAAAGUGUUGUGUUGGGAAUCUAAGUGAAUAAAAACCUAAAAUUUCACAGCAA